AUGCUAGUGGAAGUGAGGGCAAUGAAAUUGAUGGUAGAGAAGGCGAUGGUCGUAGAAGCACGGAAAAUAUUUGUGUUUAUCAAUUUGCUCUGUUGUCGCUUAUUGAAUAUCAUUGUUAGACAAUUGGACAAGGUAUUGCCGAAUGUCGGCAUGGAAUACUCUUUGUACGUAUUUCUGCUAACCCUUUUCACUGCACAUUACAAGCCAAGUAAAAGCGAACUUAUUUCAUGUGAACUCCUAAAGAAUGGAGUACAACAAAUGCCACUCGACAUUAUCUCGUCUACAGCCGCUGCAAAUAGGGAAACUAAAUCAAAUGUAUUUUUUAACGGUGACUGUCAGUCUUCUGAUAAUUUUGAGAGCUUCAGUUAUUGGACCUGCAAUGCACCACAAAUGUCUAAAUUUGGAUCUGCACUGUUAGUUACUAAACCGUCAACAACAACUGCAGAAAAACUUUACAGGAUACUGGUUUUUGGAGGGAUAUUUACUGCGGGUGACGUGCUAAAUUCCAACCAAACGUGGAUUUAUUAUGAAGAAACAAACUCUUGGAAAAUGAUCGAUAGUGUCGUGAACGGCCCUCCAGCAAUGAAGAAUUUGCAGCUGGUGCCUCUUUGUAGCUCACACGCCGUCAUUGUGCAUGUUGAUGCUAUCAACAGCACUUGGAUAUUUAGUUAUGAACAACUGGAAUGGAAACGAGUUACGAUUGUGGGAAAUGGGCCAAGUCCGUUAUCUUUUGCAAUUGAUAAUAGUAACGUUACAGCAGUGGCCGUGAAAAGUGCGCACUUUCUGUGCCCUUGUAGUGAGGAUGUUCUCGUCUUUGUAUCUCUUCAUGAAGCGGAUCAACUUGCAGUAGUGUGGUACAGGCUCAGCUGUGUGAUAGAACAUACAAAAUAUAGUUGGGAGAAAGUAGGAAACUAUACAUUUCCUGAUUAUGAUCUACGUUUUCUUACUUCUUCGACAGACAAGACAACAUUGUAUUUUAUGGUUCACAAUUGCAUUUGGGACUAUUCCGUGAAGAAAUCAUUUUGGCAUAAAACAAACUAUUGCCUUUCAUCUGAUAAGUGGUAUGAAGUUGCGAAUAGUAUUUCGAUGUCUAUAUAUUUAGAUAAUACUGGAGAGAUUCUUAUGUUCAGUCUUUGGAAACUUUUAGUUGUUCGGCUGUCUUUGUCUAAUGGGUCUGUGUUCUACGAACGUGCACAUGGAAAUCUAUGCUUCAAUACUGACCUAACCGAGAUACUUUAUGGAUUACAACUGUAUGCUGUACGAGUUGUCAGUCGAGGUAACGAAGUGAUUGUUUACUCUCCUGACACAUUGUCAAAAUCUUGUGGCUCAACUACGUGGAGACUGCGGAGAAACGAUGGCGCGGGAAAAUGGGAAUUUGCUGAUGUGAGCAAUACCGUCCUAAUUCCAUUAGGUGCCGCAUUUCAGUCUUUGUGGAAAGACACAUAUUAUCGGAUGGUCUACGGUAUAAUUAGAACGAUUCCGCCACCAGCCAUGUGGUCUAUGAACUUACGCACGAAGCGAUGGCAAAUGGUGGGAUAUCUCAACGUUACAGGAUUACUAGACGUUAGAGCAAUGGCCGACUAUGAUAGUGUAAGUACGCACUUGCAGGAAAAUGUGUGGCUGAUUGCGGCAGCCCAUUACACAACGUUGAUCGCGUCAAAAGAUCACAUACGGCAAACGUUCAGUCCUAAACCCCCUAGACACAGCUGCACACUCGUUACUAUUAGCUCGUCGUCAGCUUUGCUGUUUGGAGGCAUUUUUGAUAAUGGCAGCGUAACUAACGAUCUUUAUCAAUUUUCUCUCACAGGUAAUGUUUGGGAGAAAGUGGAAAUGGCCGAGUCUGCGGGGAAGGUCCCCUCGCCUCGAUGUGGCCACGCAGCUACAGUUCUAGGGUUCGACAUGUUUGUCUUUGGUGGAUAUGACGGUAGCAAAAUCUCCAACCAAGAAUUGUGGAAAUAUAAUUUGAUUAACAAUUCGUGGAGCAUUUUAGUACCAAAAAACAAACUUCCACGUUCUAGUAUUAGCAGGGAUUGCCACCUUAUGGCGACCGGUCAAGCUGGAAUGAUUUGGAUUGCGACUAAAUGUAUUGCGUCACGAGGACAUUUUGAGUAUGAUGGACAUUACGAGUUGUGGAUGUUUGUUGUUCACUUGCAGACUUGGAAUUUUGUUGCUCGUCACAAAAUGGAAAAAAUGCCGAAUUACUGUCUCUCUCCAACUUUGCAUUUUCGGCAAGGAUAUCUGCUAGAUUUACAGGCUUCUACUUUAGUUCGUAUAAAGGCUGGUUGCCCUGAAGGAUUAAAUUCUAGCAACAUUUCUCGUGUUCCCUGUGACUUGUGCAAAAUUGGUUUUUUCUCUGGUACGGGGUCUAACGAGUGCCGCAAAUGUCCAAAUGGAACGACGACGAGAGAGGAGGGUUCGUCAACACUGACCGACUGCAACGUUUGUGUCAAGGGUUACUGUCUUCAUGGAAGAUGUCUGGUGGUGAGCAGCAGGUUAACACAAGUUCCUGUAUGCACGUGUACUCUCGGUUUCACUGGUUCUCACUGUCAAGAUGCAACUUAUUAUUACAUUGGAAUGGGAGUUAUUCUUUUUAUAGGUAUUAUUACUUUAUUCGUUAUUGUAUUAUGGCGCACUAGAAAAAGACGAAGAGAACGAGAAACGGCUUUGCGUCGUCACAUACAAACAUUGAAUGAUGCGUGGCAGAUCAGUUGGCAAGAAAUAGAACUGCAGGACGAAAUAGGAGGAGGAGUAUCAGGAAGAGUGUGGAAAGCGCAAUAUCGUGAUAUGGACGUUGCUGUAAAAAUGCUGAUCGACGUUGAUCAAUCGCAAUCGUCUUUGGAAUUUGCAGGAGAAAUUAAGUUUAUGCAAACAAUGCGUCAUCCAAAUAUUGUUCUUUUCAUCGGAGCGGGUAGAACGAGUCCACGAGCACAACCGUUUCUCGUCGUCGAGUUUGCGCAUCGAGGUUCAUUACGUCACGUACUGGAUGACGUCAGUAUUGAAAUAAAUGAAAAUCGUAAAAUUGAUUUCGCUUUAGACGCUUCGAAAGGAAUGGAAUUUCUUCACCAAUUGGACCCCCCGAGAAUUCAUCGAGAUGUGAAAAGUGAAAACUUGUUAGUUAGUCGAAGUUGGAUUGUCAAAGUUACUGAUUUUGGUCUUGGAAAACUUUUUUGUGGUGCACACCAAAAUCAACAGUUAAACCGAAGGAAUUCAUUGAUUAGCAUUAAUUCAGAAAAUGAGCUUUUGUCUGAACCGAGAGACAUUGAGGAUGUUCUCGUCUUUGUAUCUCUUCAUGAAGCGGAUCAACUUGCAGUAGUGUGGUACAGGCUCAGCUGUGUGAUAGAACAUACGAAAUAUAGUUGGAAGAAAGUAGGAAACUAUACAUUUCCUGAUUAUGAUCUACGUUUUCUUACUUCUUCGUCAGACAAGACAACAUUGUAUUUUAUGGUUCACAAUUGCAUUUGGGACUAUUCCGUGAAGAAAUCAUUUUGUUGCGAAUCGUAUUCGAUGUCUAUAUAUUUAGAUGAUACUAGAGAGAUUCUUAUGUUCAGUCUUUGGAAACUUUUAGUUGUUCGGCUGUCUUUGUCUAAUGGGUCUGUGAUCUACGAACGUGCACAUGGAAAUCUAUGCUUCAAUACUGACCUAACCGAGAUACUUCUUGGAUUACAACUGUAUGCUGUACGAGUUGUCAGUCGAGGUAACGAAGUGAUUGUUUACUCUCCUGACACAUUGUCAAAAUCUUGUGGCUCAACUACGUGGAGACUGCGGAGAAACGAUGGCUCGGGAAAAUGGGAAUUUGCUGAUGUGAGCAAUACCGUCCUAAUUCCAUCAGGUGCCGCAUUUCAGUCUUUGUGGAAAGACACAUAUUAUCGGAUGGUCUACGGUAUAAUUAGAACGAUUCCGCCACCAGCCAUGUGGUCUAUGAACUUAAGCACGAAGCGAUGGCAAAUGGUGGGAUAUCUCAACGUUACAGGAUUACUAGACGUUAGAGCAAUGGCCGACUAUGAUAGUGUAAGUACGCACUUGCAGGAAAAUGUGUGGCUGAUUGCAGCAGCCCAUUACACAACGUUGAUCGCGUCAAAAGAUCACAUACGACAAACGUUCAGUCCUAAACCCCCUAGACACUGCUCCACACUCGUUACUAUUAGCUCGUCGUCAGCUUUGCUGUUUGGAGGCAGUUUUGAUAAUGGCAGCGUAACUAACGAUCUUUAUCAAUUUUCUCUCACAGGUAACGUUUGGGAGAAAGUGGAAAUGGCCGAGUCUGCGGGGAAGGUCCCCUCGCCUCGAUGUGGCCACGCAGCUACAGUUCUAGGGUUCGACAUGUUUAUCUUUGGUGGAUAUGACGGUAGCAAAAUCUCCAACCAAGAAUUGUGGAAAUAUAAUUUGAUUAACAAUUCGUGGAGCAUUUUAGUACCAAAAAACAAACUUCCACGUUCUAGUAUUAGCAGGGAUUGCCAACUUAUGGCGACCAGUCAAGCUGGAAUGAUUUGGAUUGCGACUAAAUGUAUUGCGUCACGAGGAAAUUUUGAGUAUGAUGGACAUUACGAGUUGUGGAUGUUUGUUGUUCACUUGCAGACUUGGAAUUUUGUUGCUCAUCACAAAAUGGAAAAAAUGCCGAAUUACUGUCUCUCUCCAACUUUGCAUUUUCGGCAAGGAUAUCUGCUAGAUUUACAGGCUUCUACUUUAGUUCGUAUAAAGGCUGGUUGCCCUGAAGGAUUAAAUUCUAGCAACAUUUCUCGUGUUCCGUGUGACUUGUGCAAAAUUGGUUUUUUCUCUGGUACGGGGUCUAACGAGUGCCGCAAAUGUCCAAAUGGAACGACGACGAGAGAGGAGGGUUCGUCAACACUGACCGACUGCAACGUUUGUGUCAAGGGUUACUGUCUUCAUGGAAGAUGUCUGGUGGUGAGCAGCAGGUUAACACAAGUUCCUGUAUGCACGUGUACUUUCGGUUUCACUGGUUCUCACUGUCAAGAUGCAACUUAUUAUUACAUUGGAAUGGGAGUUAUUCUUUUUAUAGGUAUUAUUACUUUAUUCGUUAUUGUAUUAUGGCGCACUAGAAAAAGACGAAGAGAACGAGAAACGGCUUUGCGUCGUCACAUACAAACAUUGAAUGAUGCGUGGCAAAUCAGUUGGCAAGAAAUAGAACUGCAGGACAAAAUAGGAGGAGGAGUAUCGGGAAGAGUGUGGAAAGCGCAAUAUCGUGAUAUGGACGUUGCUGUAAAAAUGCUGAUCGACGUUGAUCAAUCGCAAUCGUCGUUGGAAUUUGCAGGAGAAAUUAAAUUUAUGCAAACAAUGCGUCAUCCAAAUAUUGUUCUUUUCAUCGGAGCGGGUAGAACGAGUCCACGAGCACAACCGUUUCUCGUCGUCGAGUUUGCGCAUCGAGGUUCAUUACGUCACGUGCUGGAUGACGUCAGUAUUGAAAUCAAUGAAAAUCGUAAAAUUGACUUCGCUCUAGACGCUUCGAAAGGAAUGGAAUUUCUUCACCAAUUGGACCCACCGAGAAUUCAUCGAGAUGUGAAAAGUGAAAACUUGUUAGUUAGUCGAAGUUGGAUUGUCAAAGUUACUGAUUUUGGUCUUGGAAAACUUUUUUGUGGUGCACACCAAAACCAACAGUUAAACCGAAGGAAUUCAUUGAUUAGCAUUGAUUCAGAAAAUGAGCUUUUGUCUGAACCGAGAGACAUGUCUGAAGAUGGUAUUGGUACAGUGAGAUGGAGUGCACCCGAGUUAUCGCGACGAGAGAGCUACGAUGGAUCUAUCGAUGUCUACAGUUUUGGAAUUGUGCUUUGGGAGAUUUGGUCACGUGGCUUUCCUUUCAAGCAGUAUCGGUUUGGUCACGAGGUCGACGACGCCGUGGAAAGAGGCGAGCGUCCCGUCGUUCCAGAUGAUUGCCCGAAAGUGUAUGCAACCCUAAUGCAAGCUUGCUGGGCAGACAAUGCUUGGAAACGACCGUCGUUUAGCGAAGUUGUCAGCUGUCUGGAAAACAUGUAUGUGGAAGAUGCAUGCAUGCUAGAGUGACUAGUCGAGCGUUUUGAAUUUGGUCAUUUGCUAGUUUAGUGACGCCUAAAUUCUACCUGUUAUCUAGAGGUAGCAGACUAGAUUGUUAGCAUAGCAAUAUUAUAGAAUUAGGAAUUUAAGUCAUAAAAAUAUGUUACUAGGAGACAAUUGGUUACUUAUAACCAAAUAAACACGAUUGUUU